GUUUCUAUUGGUGCUUUAGUCUGUCAUUCGUCUUCUGUAGCCCUGAGGUUGGCUAAUUGCACAGACAUGAUGGGAUAAUCCCGGUUAACAGAAGCUGAUGUCAGAUUGGUUUGGCUCACCACAAAUCCUAGUUGAGGUAGGCAAUGCAAGACGUCAGUCACUGUUGCAGAAGAAGUGGAGGGAGUGUCUGACUGCUCUGGAAUUUCCUUUCUGAUGGGCUGUCAGUCCACCUGCUAACCUGCCUGUUUAACUAUCCAAAUGGAGCUGCACUUGUGAUCUGAUACGCUCAAUCUCUAUUGCGACGUCUCCGCGCGCGCAGGGCCGUUUCAUAACAUUUUUGUCGCGCGCUCUGCGAUAUGGGGACCGUGCUCUCUUUAUCACCUUUUGCAACUAAAGGGACCAUUCUGCAAGAUGUAGGAGACGAAGCCAACGGGAAAAUAGAGAAAAGCCUUAAAAAACAGUCAGUGAUCGUGUCCACGCUCACAUUUAAACGGCUAGUGACUGCAUCAGGUAAGAAAAAAAGUGCCAAGAAAGUAAGUCCGAAUCCUCUUCCGCUGCCAGCGAGCAGCGACAGUCAGGUCGAGCAUCUGAAUCAGGAAAACUUCAGGAAAUCGCAACAGUCCGAGAAGAAAACGAAAAAUGGACCUCUUGCGGUGCCCAUCCCCGCGGUUCCUCCCCAUCUGGACCAGGAUCAGGACCAGUUCACUUCAGCGGCGAAGCAACUGGUGUCGGUUCAGAAGCAGCCCAGCAGCCGGUCGCUCAUCUCGCCGAGGCGCGUGAUCGUCCAGGCCUCCACAGGGGAGCUGCUCCGUUGCCUGGGCGAAUUCCUGUACAAACGAUGCUGCAAAGUCAAGGAACUCACCGCAAAUGAGGUUAUUCUCUGGUUCCGAAACGUGGACAGGACUCUGCUUUUGCAGGGCUGGCAGGACCACGGGUUCAUUACGCCUGCCAGCCUCGUGUUCGUCUAUCUGCUCAUUAGGGAAACUGUAACCGAUGAUGUUGACAAUCCACGUGAACUCCAAGGGACCUUUCUGACCUGCCUCUAUCUGGCGUAUUCCUACAUAGGGAACGAGAUCUCGUACCCUCUCAAGCCCUUCAUGGUCGACACCAAUAAGGACGUGUUCUGGGAACGUUCGUUAGAUGUCAUCGAUAAACUGAGCGGCAAAAUGCUGCAGAUUAACAUUGAUCCGCACUUUUUCACAGAGGUUUUCCAAGACUUAAAAAACGAAGGAGAUUAUAAGAAGGAUGGAAGCGAACUGGACCGCUGAGUGUGAUCAGAAUCUGAGCAGAGAUCAAUUACUACUGCUUUAUUGGAUGUAAUUGUAAUCAGCUCUGCCUGACUGUUGCAUUGCACCAUGAGCCGAUUUAUCAAUUUAGUAUUUAUGACACUGUUGUGUUGGCUUUGUUUUAACAGUAUUAAGUAGCCCGGUGAAGUGAUUUAUAAUAGCCAACAUCGCUUCACCGGUGUAGCUGCAGUUUUAUGCAUGUCGUAUAGAUACAUCAGUUGCUGUGAUUCACAGUCAUUCAUAAAAAGGGAAGGCACAACGUUUAUUAACUGUCAGUCUCAUCUGUCAUUUCUAAGUUAUCUGGGUCUCUAUCCUCCUGAGACCUAAAGAAAUGUUGUAUUUUUUAGGUAUGCAUUAGAUUUGUUUUACAUAAUGUACGUGAUUGGUGUAGCCCAAGCGGCAACCUCCCGCUCUUUCUCGUGAAGCCAACACGGAAGUGACUU